AACAGCGGCUUUCUGGAAUCAUUACUGCUGCUACAAAAAAAAAAAACCUUGGGCAUAUACUACUGCUCUGACCACCACAAAGAUAUAUCUGGUCCCUUUGGCCUUCUCAUCAAUGGAUUAACUCCGAAUAGCCCGUGUUGGACGUUGGCACAGCAUCACUUCAAAAUGGGAAGUAAUAGCGACGAUGGGCUACUGAACAGGAUCUCAUUCUCAGGGCCAGCAUCCCUCGGAAAUGGCCACCCCAGCCCGCAUGGGUUACCGCUCCGAGAACCAUUUGGUGUUCCUUUCCAUUUUGACCCAGCAUACUGGGACCACCAAGCCUACGGUGGAUAUUCAGGAAGGUUCUCUUAUUUGCCCUUUUCUGGGUACGUAGGAGUCUAUGACUACUCUUUUGAGCCUGCCUUCAUUCGAAAGAGGAACGAGAGGGAGAGGCAACGGGUUCGUUGUGUGAAUGAGGGCUACACACGCCUCCGAGACCACCUGCCCAAGGAGUUUGCUGACAAGCGUCUCAGCAAGGUGGAGACUUUGAGAGCUGCCAUCACUUAUAUCAAACACCUCCAGAACUUGCUGGACCAUCAGCCUUUAGGGACAAUUCCUAAAAUAGCAGUCCCAGCUGUGGAGGCCGCAGGUGCUUCUGAUCUUACCUUAAGAAGGGAAUGCAACAGUGAUGGAGAAUCGAAAACUUCAUUAGCUUCAUCACCCUAUAGUGAAUUCGAAGAAGCCUGCAGUUAAGAACACAUCUUCAGAAAUGGACACCUUCUUCAAGCCUGCCUUUUAACUAUUAUUAUUAAAGAGCAACAUUAUUUUUCAAAGGACAAAAUUAGUCCCCAGCAAAGGGAUGAAAAAGGUAUAUUCGUUAUUUGUUCUGGUCAGUUUUUGGCCAUAGGGAGAAAAUAAUCUCUAUUCUUCUUAAUGUUUCCUUUUUGUUCCUAAUGUUUUCUUAUUUAUGCUAUUAACAACUGUGUGUGAGAGAGAGGAGAGGGAAAUAAUAACUGACCUUGUUUUUUGAACUCUGAUAUAUUCCUCACUUUCUGUGAUCUUUGUUCUGUCUGUCA